GCGAGAGGGGACAGGACUUGAGGUCGGAGGAGGUCCUCCGAGGUUUCCUUCCACGUAAUUUAUCGCUUCCGCUCUUCCUCGAUCUGUCUUCCCUUCAGAUCUUUUGGAGCUCGUUCUCGAUUUCUCUUCUUUUCUCUCCUCCCGAGGAGCUUUUGUUCGUAAGGAACAUUUUAUGCGUUUUAAAACGGAAGACAAUGUGAUAACAAUCCGUUUAACACAGUUUGUGUGUGGGUGUAAAAAGGGGUUUCGUCUGUUCCUAUUCUGCUUCUUGUGCCUAUUAUUCAAAGCACGAUAACUUUCAGGGAAUGCUGAAAGAUGUGCUUGAACGUAGGGCAAUCUUUGUUGAACAAAAAUGUUGCUAUCGCUGCAUCUGAACUUUGUGUGUUCAUCCUUGAUGAUAUUGGACAGCAAAACAAUCCCCACUAUGUGCUUCGAGUACAAUUUUAUGAUGGAGCGAGAAAUAUUCAAGAAGCUGUCGUGUUAGACCACGACCUUGGGGAAGACGGUUGAGACUAACAGCCGUGAAUAUCCCCCUGUUCUAUAAAGUAUCCUUGUUCUAGGGGGAGUGCAUCUUAGUGUUUUAGUUUAUUUGUGUUAUCAUAGGAUGGAAUCGGAAAACAAAGGAAAUGUGUUGAUGCUCAAGUACGAGGUUGGAAGAAUGUUAGGCAAAGGUACUUUUGCCAAGGUUUACUAUGCGAGAAACUUAAAAACUUCCCAGAGCGUUGCCAUAAAAGUGAUUGAAAAAGACAAGGUCAUGAUGGGUGGGCUGAAUGAUCAGAUUAAACGAGAGAUAUCGGUGAUGAGAUUGGUGAGGCACCCCAACAUUGUAGAGCUUUACGAGGUCAUGGCCACCAAAUCUAAGAUAUACUUUGUUCUUGAAUAUGCCAAAGGUGGUGAGCUGUUUGACAAAGUUGCCAAGGGCAAACUUAAAGAAGAUGUUGCCCGUAAGUAUUUUAAGCAGCUGAUCACUUCCGUGGAUUUCUGCCAUAGCAGAGGUGUCUACCAUCGUGAUCUGAAACCUGAAAACAUUCUGCUUGAUGAGAAUGAGAAUCUGAAGAUUUCAGAUUUCGGUUUGAGUGCUCUUGCAGAGUCGAGGAGACAGGACGGUUUGCUUCACACAACUUGCGGUACACCUGCUUAUGUUGCUCCUGAGGUGAUUAGUAGAAAAGGAUAUGAUGGAGCGAAAGCUGACAUAUGGUCCUGUGGGGUGAUUUUGUUUGUUCUCAUGGCUGGGUAUCUCCCAUUCCAUGAUCCAAAUCUCAUCGAAGUGUAUCGGAAAAUUAGAAAGGCAGAAUUCAAGUGUCCCAAUUGGUUUCCAUUGGAAGUUAGGAGGCUGCUGGUGCGCAUUCUCGACCCCAAUCCUAACACUCGGAUAACAAUCACAAAGAUUAUGGAGAUUCCUUGGUUUAGAAAAGGAAUUGAUGGAGGAAUGAAUGGAAAUGGCAAAGAAGCACAAGCAGAAACUGAUAGACGCGAGACCAAUGCAGUUUCUGAUUCCCAGAUUAUCAACAUGAUCGAGAAGGGGCAGGAGAUCAGAAAGUUGAUGAACCUAAAUGCUUUCGGCCUUAUCUCUCUUUCAGAUGGAUUUGAUCUUUCUGGCAUGUUUGAGGAAACUGACCACAAGAGAGAAACAAGAUUCAUAUCCAGCCAGCCAGCCUUUACCAUUAUCGCGAAAUUGGAGGAGAUAGCUAGCUUCAUAAAGCUGAAAGUAAAGAAGAAGGAUUGCGGGAGGCUGGAAAUGGAAGGAACCAAGCUAGGGAAAAGGGGGGUUUUAGCCAUUGAUGCAGAGAUCUUUGAGCUCACUCCUUUAUUUAAUCUCGUAGAGAUGAGGAAGGCAAGCGGAGAUACCUUGGAGUACCACGAACUGUGGAAGCAGGACAUCAGACCAGCGCUCAAUGACAUCAUCUGGGCAUGGCAGGGCGAGCAGCAGCAGCAUUAGUCUUCACCGUUUCGAUAAAUUUGCAACCUAUUUUGCUCAUGGAUGUUAGUAUGUCACUCCUAUGUUUGUUUACAUUGCCAUUUUUCUGUUCUAUGAACUUCACCAUUUUUUGUUC